CACACACACACACACACGUUUAUAAUACGUCACACGUUGUGACGUCGACCGACGCCUCAACCUCACUUCCGGGAUCCAACAGUGACCAAGUUUGUCAACAAACCUCAGCUGGCUCGGCGUUAAUAUGGCCGAACUCAACAGGCAACUUCAAGAAUACCUGGCCCAGUCCAAAAAUGGCUCCAAGACCGUCUCCCAGUCCGGCUCCAGCACGGCCAUAGACAUGGACGAGACGGACUCGGUAUCCGGGAGCUGGUUCGGGAAGUGGUCGAGUCCCUUCGCGGGCGGUCGGGGGACCUCAACGGGAGCCCAGAGCUCAGGCGGCGGGUUCUCCUGGCCCUGGUCCACGGAACCCGACCCUUGCUUGCCGGGGAUGAGUCGCAAACAGCGCAUUGUCGGUGCCGGCGUGUGCAUCUCCUUCUCGGCACUGUGCUUCGGACUCUCGGCCCUGUACGCGCCGCUGCUGCUCCUCUACGCGCGGAAGUUCGCCCUCCUGUGGUCUCUCGGCUCGCUGUUCGCCAUCCUAGGGGCCGCCCUCCUGCGGGGACCCAGCAAGUUGUUCGGCUUCCCGACCCCCGGCGCGGCCGUGUACCUGUGCAGCCUUGGCGGCACGCUGUACGCCGCCCUCGGCCUCCACAGCACCGUGCUCACCGCCCUGGGCGCCGUGCUCCAGGUCGCGGUCCUCGCCGGGUACGUGGUGUCUCUGCUACCCGGCGGCAGCGCAGGCAUCCGCUUCUUGGGAGGCAUGGCGGCGUCUGCCAUUAAAAGGACCGUCACUGGGAAAACGAUGCCUAUUUGAGGGCUUGUUUUGUGGAUACAUGGACUGGACUUGAAGUGCCUGCGGCCCGGACUAGACGGGUACACCGCGCUGCAGCCAGUGUUGCCAGAUUGGGCGGAAAAUCGGGCCCAAUCUGGCAACACUGCGUUCAGAAGGGUCCCUUCGUUGGGGGAACCCGAUGACCAACGCUACAGACCGACUGUUGAUUCCAUUUUGAAUACGUGAACUUGUUUAUUUUUGUCUCUCGGGUGUGAUUUUAACCAAUAAAACGUGAAUAGCCCCGA